AUGAUAUCUUCGACUUUGUUUAAACAUCACGUCGUUUUGCAUGUGAAACCCAAAUCGCUUCCUCGAAUUUACAUAGAUGGAUGUUAUGAUUUAUUUCAUUGGGGACAUGCUAACGUUUUUAGGCAAGCUUGUGAACUCUUCAACUUUAAUUGUGUUUUGGUUGUUGGAAUUUGUGAAGAUUCUUAUAUGAAAGCACAUAACAAAAACCCUGUAUUGACUAACGAAGAAAGAAUUCUCUCGGUUAUGUCAUGCCAAUUUGUUGAUGAAAUAGUGGAUGGUAUUGACACAUGGAAUUUAACUGUUGAUUUAAUUAAUGAACUUAAGAUUGACUUUAUUUUUCAUGGUGUUGUGAAUUCAUUUGAUAUUUCGAAUGGUAAGAAUUGUUACCAAGAAAUCAUCAAUACUGGCCGUUUGAAAUUUUUAGAAAGAACUGAUUGCGUUUCGACUUUGGAUUUUAUUAAAAGAAUGAAAAAUGAAAUAAACAAACGGGAUCUCAAAGAAGUAAACAAACAUGUUAUUGAUGAUUCUUUGAUACAAACAUUUUCUUUGUUCAAAAAAGAAAGAAAUGAAAACGAUAGUGUUGUGUUUAUCGAUGGAUGCUUUGAUAUGUUACACGUUGGACAUUAUGAGUUAUUUAGAAUAGCAAAAGACAUGGGAAAGCAUCUAAUUGUAGGGAUUUAUGAUGAUGAAAUUGUCAAACAAUUAAAAGGUAAACACUUUCCAAUUAUGAACUUGAAAGAAAGAACAUUGAAUGUUCUUGCUUGCAAAUAUGUUGAUGAAGUGAUUCAAAAAGUUCCAUACGUUGUUUCUUCACAAUUUUUGGAUGAACAUAAUAUCAGUGUAGUUGUUCAUGGAAAAGUAUUAAAUGGAGUUGGUCGAGAAUGUUAUAAACAAGCGAUUGAAAAAGGUAUUUACAAAGAAAAAGACUCUGGAAAAACAGUAACUUCAGAAGAUUUAUUCAGAAGAGUUACUCAAGAAUAA